CCGCGCCUUGUUGCCGAGCAACGAGGGCGUGUCCAGCAGCAGCUCCAGUGAUUUAAGGAUACCUCUCUCACGCGGUUUAGUCUCAGUUCAGGCUGCCGGUCCCGGUCGCUGCAUGGCAACAGGGCGUUGAGGGGUUCCCCCGUAACGAAGCCUCUCCUCUCCGCUCCUCUAGGCAGUCUUCCCCAGUUCAACACCGCUACAGCAGCGCCUCAGCGUUACAGUCCCGGUUAGUCCGCAGCACGGCAGCAUGGACCGGAUUACAGCAUAACGCGCGACGCGGAGCAGAAAGUUUGGACCCGGUGGAGCCACGAUCCGACAGGACUCCGAUUCUCAUAGAUGAGGCAGCCUCCAAAUGACGUCGAGAUGGCUUUAGGUGGGACUCUGCUGCCCUCCAUAUCCACGUUCACCAGCGGCCCAUCUAUCAGUAAACCCAUAGGAAGUGCCAAUACAAGAUGGAAGGAGGAGUUGUCCCAUCUUAAGAGACCCAGCGUGCCAACCGGAAGCAGCCGCUCUGACCCGGACCGUCCCACCACCACCGGCACAACGAGCCCCAGCAUGUCCAAGAAAGACGCCGAGCCUGACCUGGACUUGGACUACGACUUUAUUCUGUCUAACUCCAUCCUGCAGCAGCAGCAGCAGCGGCAGCAGAUGGAGGAGGAGGUGGCGAUGGCGCGCAGCAGCUCUGCCCAGACCUUGUCCCCGUCCCCCAGCUCUUUCUCCUCAUUUCACCCUCUCCCCUCCCCUCAGGGCGCCGCCAGCGAGCUCCUCUAUACCAUCCCAGACAUAAGCGACGUCUCGCCUUCCGGAGGCUUCGUGGCGGAGCUCAUGAGACCCGAGCUGGACCCCGCGUACCUCCACCCCACCAGCCUCCACGGCAAGUUCGUGGUAAAGACGACAAUGGACAUGGGAGAAUACAGCCAAGGCGUGAACGUGAGCAAGGUCUGCGUUACCGCCGUGUCGGACCCGACUCCUUCUCGCGCCUCGCCCCCCUUUCCGUGCCACAGGAUAAAGCAGGAGAACCCCAGUACCUGCACCAUCUCGCAGCCCAUGGACCUCCACCUGGCUGGGGGGAACUCCCAGGGCCGAGGGAGCCAGCAGCAGCGUCCGUGUCAGUUAGAGCUCCACGACUUCCAGGGAGGGAGGUCCAUGUCGGGCGGCAGGUUAUCCUCAUCCUCCUCCCUCUCUCCGGACCAUCCUCUGAGCCGGGAGCACCAGGUUCUGGGUCACCAGGGAUACCACCACAGCUUCCCUCAGCCGUCCCCCCUGCACUACCAAGACCCCCUCAUGAUCUCCGGCGGGGACUGCUUGCCGGAGGAACCGAAGCCCAGGCGUGGUCGGCGCUCCUGGCCGAGGAAAAGAGUCGCCACGCACACGUGCGACUACGUCGGCUGUGGGAAAACGUACACGAAGAGCUCCCACCUCAAAGCACAUCACCGCACGCACACAGGGGAGAAGCCUUACCACUGCGACUGGGAGGGCUGCGGUUGGAAGUUUGCACGUUCGGACGAGCUCACACGCCACUACAGGAAACACACGGGCCACCGGCCGUUUCAGUGUUCGAAAUGUGACCGGGCCUUCUCGAGGUCGGACCACCUUGCUCUCCAUAUGAAGAGACACUUAUGAGACUUUUGGAUGAAGGCUCCCAGAAAAAAAAGAUGUCCGCAAGAAACCUUUGAACAAACUUGUGACCUACACUUUUUAAAACCAUAAUUUGCCUUCGAGCCGUUGUCAAGACAACAAGACAAGCUGUGGUGUUCACGGCAAAAAAAAAAAAAAAAACACCCUCAAGAGCCUAGAAUUUCUCUCAAGACU